AUGUCCGACCUUGUACCAAAGUCCGACUGUGACACAAAGAUCGCCAACCAAGCAAUCGAGACCUGCAUGAACCAGACCGCCUGCUCAUCCUUCUCGCAAUUCACGUUACUUCUAAACAGAUCGGGGAAGAGCAUUAACGACUUUAUUCUCGCCUACCCUGAUGAUAAGAAGUGUCUCGAACCGGCACUCAAAGGAAUCGAAAACGACACCGAUAUACCGAAGCUCUGGGGGUUUGGGGUGGUUGGCAGAUGUACCGCUGUGGAAAUCCAGAUCGCCAAUCUCCUAGAAGUCCUCUUUCCAGGGAGGUUUGCCUUCGUCCUCUUCAGUCUCGGCAACCAUCGCAUCAUGUAUUGCACGAAAACGGGCGUCAUUAUCGACUCAAGCUUCCCAGAAGGCUCUGUUCUGUCGCGUGGCAAUGAAUGGAUAGGACAUCCAGGCAGUGAUAAACAGUGCAAGGUUAGCGAGAACGGCACAAAGAUCGAGACUAUGAGGGAGGACAGCAAGGGAAAGGCAAGUCGCUUCCCAUAUCCUACCGUUCAUCACUCAUCAGACAAGCCCCUAGAACCAAGAGGAGGAAUGAUUAGGUGUCUCCAGGACUUUGCAGCCAAUCCCAAGCUGGUUGUUCUGUUCCGGUCCGUGGGAAACGAUCUGCUGACCUACCGCUCCAAGAUGGAAUGGAAAUUCGCCACGAAGAAUGAAGCAAAGCUCAAGCUUCUCACAGAAGACAAGGGGCACGAGUCGGUUACGACGAUAGUUUGGAGAAAGGGACAGGAGUCAAGCCCUGCGGCUGAGGCUCAAUGCCAUCAGGUCUUCAACAACUUCGUCAAAGACCAUGGAGGUCCGUAUGGAGCUACCCAAUGGGACGCAGACCUCCAAAGCACUCAUCAAGCCCUGUGGAAGGCUUGCAAUGAAUGCUUGGAUUGCCUCCCUCAGGUGGAGCCUCCCGAGGUCAAGUAG